GGCGCCGGGAGGUGACCCAGGAGGUGACCGGGGACGGGCCCGCGGCUGCCGAGAGCGCCGGCCUCAGGAGCGCGUUCAGGCCUGGCCCCCGCCCCUGCCCGGCAUGGUGGGGCCGCGGGGGGCCCGGCCGGCGCGGCGCUCCGCUCGGGCUGGUAGCGGCGGAGGUAGCGGAGGGUGCUGCUGGGCGCUGCCCACGGGGCUCCUGUGCGCCUAUGGCUUCUUCUGCAGUGUGCGGCCCUCGGAGCCCUUCCUCACCCGGUACCUGCUGGGGCCGCACAAAAACCUCUCCGAGACGCAGGUGUUCAAUGAAAUUUAUCCGGUGUGGACUUAUUCCUACCUGGCACUGCUGUUCCCGGUAUUCCUGGCCACGGACUACCUGCGAUACAAGCCCGUGGUCCUGCUGCAGGGCCUGAGCCUCAUCGUCACCUGGUUCAUGCUGCUCUAUGCCCAAGGACUGCGGGCUGUCCAGUUCCUUGAGUUCUUCUAUGGGAUGGGGACUGCCACGGACAUUGCCUACUACUCCUACAUCUACAGUGUUGUCGAUGUUAACCUGUACCAGAAGGUCACCAGCUACUGCCGGAGCGCCACCCUGGUUGGCUAUACAGUGGGCUCGGUGUCCGGGCAGGUCCUUGUGUCGGUGGCAGGAUGGUCCCUUUUCAACUUGAACGUUAUCUCCCUAACUAGCAUAUCAGUUGCCUUUGGCACAGCGUGGUUCCUGCCAAUGCCACAAAAAAGCCUUUUCUUUCACCACAUCCCAAGCCAGCAGCUCGGUUGUGAAAUGAAGGUCAUGGACUGUAAAAAUGGAUCAGCUGUCCAAGAUCAUCCUGAUGUGCAGAGGGCACCUGGCUGGGAGGAUGAAUCACAAGUUCCCUUAAACGGGGAGAGUCACGCAGCAGAGAAACAGUCUAUGCAGGAGCAGAAAGUAGACAUCGUAAAGGUGCUCAAAGAUCUCUGGCAGGACUUCCUGCAGUGCUACUCCUCCCAGACCUUGCUCUGCUGGUCUGUGUGGUGGGCACUGUCCACCUGCGGCUACUUCCAGGUCAUCAACUAUGCUCAGGGCCUGUGGGAGAUGGUGCUGCCUUCUCAUAGCACAGACAUCUACAAUGGUGCUGUGGAGGCAGCCUCAACACUGCUAGGAGCUGUUGCAGUGUUUGUUGUGGGUCACAUAAAAACAUCCUGGGCAAUGUGGGGUGAAGUGGCACUUGCCCUGUUCUCCUUUCUUAUUGCUGCUGCUGUGUAUAUCAUGGACACCGUUCGGAACAUCUGGGUGUGCUACGCAUCCUACGUUGUCUUCAGAAUUAUCUACAUGCUGCUCAUCACAAUAGCAACGUUCCAGAUUGCCUCAAAUCUCAGUGUAGAACGGUACGCCCUGGUGUUUGGAGUCAAUACUUUCAUUGCCUUAGCACUUCAGACUCUGCUCACUUUGAUUGUCGUGGAUGCCAGUGGACUUGGGUUGGACAUCUUUACCCAGUUCAUGAUUUAUGCCUCUUACUUUGCGGCCAUCUCGCUGGUGUUCUUGGGCAGUGGCAUAUAUGGUAUUCUGAGAGCUUACAGAAGACAAGAGCAGAUGCAAAGCAGAUCUCCUGAAAGCCAGUAGUGCACCAGGUUGAGACUCUUGGAGCCUACAUAUGAAGAUAUAGGUCUGUUUUUCAAUCUCUGCCUUUUCUUCCCAAGGCAGUCACCUUCAUGGUGUUUGACUGAUAUUUAUACUACAUUAGUAGCACAUUUUAGAAGGUAAAUGUACUGGCUCUUACGUAAGUAAGAGCAAAUAUCUUCUUUCUAAAAUGCCUUUUGUUCUUCUGCUGCAUAUAUGGGAUGUGCAGCAAAGAACUGUUAAGUUCUCUCAAAGAAUGAAAACCUUGGGAGGUUUCAGUCUAAGGCUGUGCAUCUGGAGGCUGCCUCUGAAAAGGCAGCUUCAUGAUUGUCUAGCAACUGCUACUCCGUCACUGAGGUGCUGCUUCGAGGCAGACAAUAGACCUCUGUGGGGAGCCCCAGGGCUGGGGCAGGAAGUAGCCUUAGGCCCAUUCUCUGCAGUAUGGCUCUCACUGUGCUGUGGUUGCCCUGUGAGGCUGAAUGCUUGGUUUUGAGGACUACUACACUUAUGUUUAUGCAUACACACGUUUCCUUGAGUUGCUUGUACUGUUUAUGCUGUUGCUGUCUGUCAUCCCAGCUGCCAAAGUUUUAUGAUAGCUGAUCAUGCUAAACCAACAUUUUUGAUUCCCAAAAACCUGU